CUCGCCUCGACCUGAUGGCCAACAUUCUUGCGUUCCUCACGGUGUUUGCCGCCAUGGCCAGUGCGACAGUGAACCAAAUCGACGACCACCAGCCCCAACACAGGCUCAUAUUUACGACUUUGAACGAGCUAGGUGGUUGUGCAAGCCGGCGCAUUCAACAGAGCAGCGUCUGCGCCGACCUGCACUCAAUGUAGAGCUUGGUAACAAGGUAACACAUACUAUACCAUGGAUCAUAUCUCUUCCACAUACUACAUUAGGUGCUUUAUGCUAGAGGUUUGAUAUCCAAAACGUAGUGCAUAGGCACGGGAUCAUCUGCGACGGAACUCAAGGAAGCUAGCUACCCAUUGCUUGUUGGAUAUGAAGGCUGCAACUUUGUCGCAAGUGGGGAGCAUCCACAAGGCAGGAGGGCGACCCCAGCACACUGCGCCGACACCCGUGUAGUUGGGGUUGCACUUGGAGUAGCACAAGCCUGCAUCGUGGUCUUCGUUGGUAGCGCACGUGCCCAGCGUAGGUGCCAUAACCGUGAUUUUCUUGGCACAUGACAAGACCAACCCGCCGCCCCCGCCAAGGGACCCGCAUUUGGGAGUUAGGUCGACAGAUACAUCAACCAACCCAAGUGUAGCCCGGUAAGCACUUGGGGCACACAACCAACUCCCAUUUUUCGCACUUGUCCUG